AUGGGUGUUAAGAGAAGGCAAGCAUUGGAAGGCUGCAGCGCAAAGUUCACGGCCGACGAUGCCACAUGGACGCUUACGUCGUCGAUAGUGGUUUUCACUAUGCAGACAGGCUUUGGCCUGCUCGAGUCAGGCUGCGUCUCCCGCAAGAACGAGGUCAACAUCCUCAUGAAGAACGUGGCCGACGUGGUCGUGGGCGGCCUGGGUUACUGGUGCUUCGGCUACGGGCUGCAGUUCAGCUCGGGCGGCGGCAGCGCGCUCUUCAAUGGCUUCGGCUUCUUCCUGGUGGACGCCGAGAUGCAGGACAUGGGCCGCACGUUCGCCUGCUUCCUGUUCCAGCUGUCGUUCGCCACCACGGCCACAACCAUCGUGUCCGGGGCGAUGGCCGAGAGGACGAACUUCACGGCCUACUGCAUCUUCUCGUUCUUCGACACGCUCGUCUUCUGCAUACCGGCCGGCUGGCUGUGGGCCAGCGGAGGGUUCCUGAGGCAGCUGGGAGCGCUAGACUUCGCGGGCGCCGGGUGCGUGCACCUGCUGGGCGGCACGUCCGCCCUGGUGGCCGCCGCCUACCUGGGACCCAGGGUGGGACGCUACGGAAGCGGUCCGCCACCCGAACUUGGAACCCAACCAGCGUGCUGCAGGGGUGAAUUCAUUCCAUGGUGGGGAUGGUUGGUUUUCAACGCUGGCAGCACAGUCGGCGUCACAAACAACAAGUGGAAGUACGCAUCAAGGGCGGCAGUGAGCACCAUCAAUGGUUCUAUAGGAGGAGCUCUUGUUGGACUACUGCUAUCGUACGCCAUACAUAGGAAGUUUCUCAUCAUGAACAUAGUCUCCGGUCUUCUGACUGGGCUCGUUUCAGUCACAGGUGGCUCGGCGUACCUGGGGGCACUAGACAGCCUUCUGGUGGGAUCGCUAGGUGCACUGCUGUCUAGCGGCGUUGCUCCACUUCUCAACAAGUUUCGCGUGGACGACCCCGUUGAUGCCGUAUCCGUACACGGUUGCGGCGGCGCCUGGGGCCUGCUGGCCAUCGGCCUGUUCGUGCACGACUUCUCCGACGAGGAUGAUCAGGACGACCAGGAUGAGCAGUGCAGCCGCUGCGGCCUGUUCAGGGGAGGCAGCGCGUACCUGCUUGCUAUACAAGCGCUCACAUGCGUCACCAUUGUGCUCUGGAGUGCCCGUAACACUUACAUUCUGCUCGUGGUCGUGAAUAGGCUGGUGCCCAUCCGCUUGAGCCUGGAGCAGGAGGUGCUCGGCGCCGAUCUGGUCGAGCACGGCAUCGUGCAUCCGGACAUUGACUACGCGCAGCUCCUGAGGCGCAACGGGCUAGAGCAGAGCAACCUACUGCCGCCUCCCACCGCAGAACGGCUUGACAGGGAGGCGUGGGACCUGCGCCUGUGCCGCAGCUACCUGGCCGAGCAUCUCGGGGGUCGUGGCGUUCAGCAGCAGGAACCGAAAUCCUUCUGGAGUUUCCUCAGGAGGCGCCAAGUCAAGCAGAUACAUCCAUGA